AUGGGAGCACAAACAUCAAAGGUUGCUAGAAAAUUACCUACAAAGGCACGCCCAGAGACAUUACAAAGUGCUCCAAAGGAAUCAUCAGCAACUUUAAAGGCACAGACAGAAGCAGCAGCAGAAAUAAAGACAGAUUUUAUUGAACAAGAUGGUCGUGAUCCACACUUGCAUGAGCAUUUAAAAUCUAUUGGGCCUGUGACGAUCCCACCUACAGUAACCAAAAUGAGAACGUCAGAUCCCAUGCUUGGAAUAUUAAGAGAAAGAAAAAAGGCAGAUGAAAAAGAAUUGGAAAGACAUGGGCAGGACGGAACAAUCUCGAUUGAUGCUGUCUUUUCUUUAUUAGAAGAAAGAAAGCAUUUAAAUCCUGGUGAAGAAGAUCUUUCAGAGACCCGGCAGAGAUGGACAGAGAAAUACAAUGUAGAUCAAAAUACAUUAUCUACCUUGCUCAAAUACUACAACACAAUGGCCAUCACACCAGUGCUUGCAGAUGAAAAGGAAGGUAGACGACUGGGCCUUUGGGUAAAAGAUAGGGUAGACUGGGAAACAAAGGUUAGACAAGUAGAGGAACGUAAUGCGGCUAUUGAAAAGGCAAAACAGGAAGCGAUCAAAGAUAAUAAGAAACAAAAUGCUGAUAUAAGUGAAGAAGAAAAGAAACUGAGGGAUCUAUUUGAUGAAGAGCACUAA